AUGGGCCACCUGCCUCCUCUGAAUAUCACCAUUGCAAUACGGGCAUUGUUGGCUUGUUUAAAAUGUCAGUUUCUGGGUUAUGUUGUUUUGGGGGCAGUGGAUGGUGUUGUGUCGCCGUACGAGUUCGUUGCGGAGUGGACGUGUCGCUAUGGUGACCACCCGGAUGUUGCUCACAGGAUAUUCAACACUCUGACAGAGGGCUUCAGUCUGCUUUCGUUCGAGAUGUCGGGUCGGAACUCGGAGAACCAAACGGUUGCAGAUUUCCGCGCCGGUCUGUACUCGCUUUACACAGAGAGAGAGAUUCGCGGGGCAUGAGAGCGGCUACAGGGGAGACAACUAUCGCAACUGAUGUGAUGCCCGAGAUUCGAUUGAUAAAUAGCAACGCAUCUUUUUAUAAGAGAAAAUUUGCACUGAGCUCCAAUUACAAGCUUAACUAUUUCUCUGUUACCCAGUUUGUUACAUUCCCUUCAUCAAGACAUAUACUGAACUGAUUCGAUACCAUCCUUCUUUGUUUUAGUAAAAUUUGAAUAACAAGAUGCUACAAAGGGCCGUCCAUUAAAGUUAGAGAAAGAAAUUCUCAGUGGGUUGAGGCUAUUGAUCGGAAAAGAAGGGAGAUGAUAAGAAAAACAAUGGUUAACUGCGUUCAUUAAGUGUUGAGGGAGGCAAGUCUCAAGUCAUA